AAAUGUAUUUAAGAGAGAAGAUAAUUAAAUACCUUGAGGUAGGUAUUAAAAUAUUAAAUAUAUUUUACUAAAAAAAUAAAUACAAAAUAAAAUACAUCAAUUAAAAUAUUUAAAUAUAACAGUAAUUUGGUACUGACACUUUUUAGCUACACAACAUUUUACUUUUGCUUUGUUUACACAACAGUCAAGCUAGGCUAUUGGUUCAAAGAUGCUAGUAACUAAUUAACUAACAAUAAAUGAAGCACUCAGCUCAGCCUCAGCUCCAAUCAAUUGUGCACGCAUAUCCGCAUCCUUCAGUCAUUGCGCGUUCAUGUGUCGGGCAUGGAUCAUCAGAGGGAGGCAACGCGAACUUCAGAGGAUAACCGGAAACAGCAGGUUGUUGUUGAAACAUCUCCAACGUCUCCGCCAACAACUACUAAAAAUACACCGGUUAGAACAUGGCUUUGUCUCAAGAUAUCAUCUUAACAUUUUUACUGGAGCACGGAGGAAAUGUAAAAAACUCGGAACUCGUGAGCAAGUUCAAAGGACUCAUAAACUCCAGCGAUCCCGCGGAGAAGAAAAACAACAGAGAUCUGUUCAAACGAUUGGUCAACAACGUCGCUGUGGUUAAACAAGUCGAUGACGUGAAGUAUGUGGUUGUGAAGAAAAAGUACCAAGGAUUCAAAGGUGAAAAUAUAUCAUUGGAUAACAGUUUGUUUGAAUUAAAAUCACCAUGCAGCAGAGCGUGCGGUACUUUAUCCAGACGUGAGUCCAGUGAAAUACAAAAUGCUGAUAUUCUUAAUAACAAUUAUUAUCAUUGCACAACUCAAACUAUGAGUGAAUGCAGGAUAAGUCCAUCUCUGAAAAGCGAUCAUUCAACAAAAUGUGAUGCAGAGGUUAUCCAUCCUGUCUAUAAUGCUGCUGAGUCUUUGACAGCAAGAGUACUCAGUGUGACAAGUGAUGCUAGAAGUGGCAAAACAGGGUCGGUUUUUGCUCUUGUGGCCAUAAAAUCGUCACCAAAUCCACAACGUGAGCUGCAACUUGAUGAAAGGACAAAACACAAAGCACUAGAGGAUUCACUACAGCAGCAGCAGCAGUUGCCAUUGGAGAUGCUACCACCUUCAGUGAUGUCUGAAAAAACCAUGAAACUCAAGGCCACUGCAUAUCAAAGUGUUGCAAGAGAAAGUUUUAGGACUCCAAGAACCAAACGAAAAGAGCUAGAUGCACCAGGAUCGCCUCAAUUGCGAAGGUGUAACAAAGUAACCAGACCUGGGAACAAUGAGUCUAAAGAUUGUGAUAUAAUUCCUUUGGGAUCUAUGGAGCAUGAGUGGCUUGUGAAAUCGGCAACAGGAUGCUUCCGUCAGAUCUAUGGCCUUCUGCUACAAGACCCUCAGCUGGCAGAGAAGCGCAAUUUCAUGUCUGGAUUCACAAUUCUGCACUGGGCCUCUAAGAGCGGAAAUGGUGAAAUGGUCUGUAAAAUCAUUGACGUUUCAAGACAGAGUGGUGCAAAGAUCGAUGUUAAUGCCAAGUCUUAUGAUGGAUACACCCCUCUCCACAUUGCUGCCAUUCACAGACAUGAGUGUGUGUUAUCGCUGCUGGUGCGUGAAUAUGGUGCCAACGCUAACAUACGGGAUAACAGUGGUAAAAAACCUUACCGUUAUCUAAGUCAAGAUGUGUCACUUGACAUCAGAAAGAUGCUCGGAGACCCUCAAGUCAUGCAACAUAGUGCUGCUCAUUGUUAUUUAGGAGAUGACCAAAGCCUUUCAUAUUUACCGAAAGGAUUCAACACCCUGAGUAAACUAUUUCAGCCCCAUAUUACUGGACAUAAAAAGAAAUACAGACGUCGCCAAAGCUUCCAUUUCAUCAGCAAUGACCAUGAAGAGUCCAGCAAGAACAAUGCACUUAAUCGCAAACUGUUUUAAAGGGAUAGUUCACCCAAA